AUGAGCUUUGGAUUUAGCGUUGGCGACUUUCUUGCCGUAAUAAACCUCGCUAAUAAAAUCAGAAAGGACUUUGCCGGGGCGCCCGAUCACUUCAAGGCCAUUUCUGACGAAGUUCGAAACCUGUCAUUUGUUGUACAGGAUGUCGAAAUCGACGUGUCCAGCAAGGAGCUCGAUAUCAAGCAGCAGACCGAGCUCCAAGGAAUAGCGAAGAGCUGUCGCACUGUUCUCAGCGAGCUUGAAAACAUGAUCGAUACUUACAGAGACUUGGAUGGUACUGGUGAUACAAAGAGAAGCAUUGCGAGACGGACAUGGAGACGAUUGAAAUGGGAACCGAGUGAGAUUCAGGAACUUCGGCAACGGAUAAUCAGUAACAUUGCACUUCUUGAUGCGUUCAACGGACGAAUGACUCGGAAUAGCAUCCGAAACCUCGUGCAACAUCAAGAUGAGCAAAAGCAUCAAGCGUUGCUGAAUUGGCUCUCCCCUUCAGAUUAUGGCGCACAACAGACGGACUAUAUUGCACGACGCCAACCAGGGACUGGUCAGUGGCUUUUGGACUCUCCCGAAUUUCAAUAUUGGAUCUCGGGCUCAAAGCAGACACUAUUCUGCCCAGGUAUUCCUGGGGCUGGGAAAACAAUUUUGACGUCUAUCGUGGUUCAAGAGCUCUACGAGCAACAAAAAACUGAUAGGACCGUUGGCAUCGCUUAUCUAUACUGCAACUUUCGGCUCCGGCAUGAGCAAGGGCUUGCACAUCUACUCGCAAGCCUUUCGAGACAAUUAGCUCAAGGUCAACCAGUAUUGCCGAGUGCCUUACCUUGGAUGUACGAAGAGCAUAAUCCUCAGGGCACAAGACCUUCCGUCGAAGAGCUUUGCAGGGUGCUGGAUUCUCUCGCCCAGACAGGGGGGUUCUCGAAAGUCUUUAUUAUAAUUGAUGCCCUGGACGAAUGCGAUGUAUCAAACCGAUCAUGUUCGAGAUUGUUGGAUUCGAUCUUCAACCUUCAAUCCGAGUGCAACGUGAACAUUUUUGCAACUUCACGCUUCAUACCAGAAAUUACUGAGAGGUUCAAAGGAAUGCCAACGCUUGAGAUCCGCGCAAGCAAAGAAGACGUCACAAGGUAUCUUCGAGACAAUUUAUCAAUUCUGCCGUCCUUUGUGUCUAGAAAUCAGGACUUACAGGAAGAGAUCUCAACCGCGAUUACUACUGCUGUUGACGGAAUGUUUCUACUCGCCCAGCUCCAUCUCAAUUCUCUGAUCGGCAAACGGUCGCCCAAGGCAAUUCGAUCCGCUUUGAAAGGGCUUUCCUCAGAUGUUGAGAAAUACGAGUCUGCAUAUGAUGAUGCCAUGAACCGUAUUCAGGGACAAGUCCCUGACAAAAGUGAAAUGGCGAUACAGGUACUUGCGUGGAUAACUUGUGCCAAAAGACCCCUUACCACUAUUGAGCUACAGACUGCUCUUGCUGUAGAGAUCGGCGAAUCAAAAUUUGACCCUGAGAAUAUCCCCGAUAUUGUUGACAUGGUCUCGGUGUGUGCAGGCUUGGUGACAGUGGACGAGGAGAGCGACGUCAUUCGGCUGGUUCAUUACACUACGCAAGAAUAUUUUGAGCGAACUCAGGCGACUUGGUUUCCGAGGGCGCACCACGAUAUAGGCAGGAUAUGUAUAUCGUACCUGUCAUUGGACGUCUUCACGGUAGACACUUGGUUGAUGAAGACUGAACUUGACACUCAUCUAUCCAUCGAUCUCCAUGAUUUUCAGUGCAAUCAUCCUCUUUUGGUGUAUGCUGGGCACUUCUGGGGUCACCACGUCAACACAAGAGUGCACAGUGAUGACUUAGAAACCAGCGACCACCAGAUCAUUGAGUUUCUCAGCGAUGUUUCAAAGGUGAAUUCCUGUGUACGAACUCUCUUGUGGUAUGAGUUGCCUUCGCAUUCGUAUUGCCAAUGCCAUUAUCUCAGGACCCGAGGCUACUCUCGUGGAUACCCAGUUUCCAGCUCAAAGCUCGCCACCGGUUUACAUCUCGCCGUCUGGUUUUUAAUGCCACGUGUCAUUGAAAAGAUGAUCUCACGCGGUUGGCCUGUUGACUCCAGAGAUUCAUCAGGGAGAACACCAUUGUUCUGGGCAGCUUGCUUUGGUCUCUCGGAUAUAGUGUCUCUUUUACUGGAGGCUGGUGCUGAUCCUGUAAUGAAGGAUUACGAUGGUGAAACACCAUUCCAUGCUGCAGCCUGCUUUGAGUCGGUUAAUUCGACCAGCAUAGUCCGGUCUCUGUUAAGAAAAGCCGCCAAUUCACACCUAAAAGACCUGAAAGGAAACACGCCUCUAUGGCGUGCAUCUCAACAUGGUCAAAUAGCAUUGGUCAAGCUGUUUCUUGAUCAUGACCCAAACGUAAAUCACGGGUCGGUAGAAUUGGAUCGGGUGUUGCACGUAGCUGCAGCAAAUGGGCACAAUGAAGUUGUCAAGCUUCUUCGGGACAGGGGCGCUGACCCGGGGGCUGUAACCGGCGUUGAAUACUAUCACGGUACACAGAUGAUACAAACCCCACUUCUUGCCGCAUCUAUGGAGGGCAAGGAGUCUGUCGUUAAGCUCCUGUUGGGGUGGAAUGUUGAUGUCGAGGUCAAGAAUGAAAAUAGUUGCAGUGCACUCUCCAUCGCUGCGCUGAGAAAUCAUGGGGAGGUCGUUCAACUCUUGCUGGAGAAGGGUGCCAAUCCCAACUCGCUUGAUGAUGUGGGCCGCACAGCAUUUCAUUGGGCUGCUUUUUGGUCCCAUAAUACAAUCCUAGAGUCCCUGGCUGGAUACAGUCCUAUGGGGCCCAACAAGAGAGAUUUCCAUGGCCGAACGCCAUUGCAUGUUGCUUCCGCCCUGGGACACCUACAAUCAGUCCUAGCUCUGCUAGCUAUGAAGGACACUGAUUUGUAA